AUGGCUCAUGUCUUGCGGGGUACGCCGCGCCUAUUUCGGUCAAGGGCCGGUGCGGCGUUCUUGAGAAACAUCGCACCCUCCACCGCUGCUGCUGCUGCUACUGCCGCUGGAACACAGCAACCGUCUCCUACGCGCCUGCAGCAGCUGCGCCCACCCGCGGUUCGCUUCGGUACCGCCGCUACGGCUUCCGCGGGCCAGCCAACUUCUGCGAUCAGCACGCGGAACAACGACCCCAAGGUUUCUUCAACUCAGGUUCUCGCAAACGAACGGCAGGUAGAAGUGCUAUGGGAUGACGGGCACAACUCGUACUUUGACUAUACUUGGCUGCGAGUGAACUGCCCAUCCUUCUUGCACGAGAGCGGUCAGAGAACCGUGUUUCCGGGCGAUGUGGAUCCAGGAUUAAAGCCAGUGGAGAAUGGAGGGUCACGCGGCAGGGAGGGUCGGGGCCCCGCAGUCAGCAACUGA